AUGAAAAACUGGUCAACCACUUGUGCAGUCAAAUCGGGCAGGCAACCAAGAACGGGGAAACUGGCCAACCACCUAUGCCAUCAAAUCGGGCAGGUGGCUGGGGAAAUCAUUGUCGGGCACCAGUGUACUGAGUACAGGUGGCUAGAGAAAUCUUGGUCUGACACCUAUGUACUAGGCACAGGUACACGCGAAUAUCAAAAGGCAACUUGGAACGGGGAAACUGGCCAACCACUUGUGGAAUUGGGAACAGGGAAACUGGCCAAACACCUAUGCAUUCAAAUCGGGCAAGUGGCUGGCAAAAUCAUUGUCGGACACCUGUGUACUAAGUACAGGUACACGCAAAUAUCCAAAGGCAACUGGGAACAGGGAAACAGGGCAACUACCUAUGCAUUCAAAUCGGGCUGGUGGCUGGGGAAAUCAUUGUUGGACACCUGUGUACUAAGUAUAGGUACAUGCAAAUAUCCAAAGGCAACUGGGAACAAGGAAAUUGGUCAACCACUUGUGCAGUCAUAUCGGGCAAGUGGCUUUGGAAAUCGUUGCCGGACAACUAACUAUGUACUAAGCACAGGGCAACUAGGAACAGGGAAACUAGCCAACCACCUAUGCAAUCAAAUCGGGCAGGUGGCUGGGGAAAUCAUUAUCGGACACCAGUGUACUAAGUACAGGUACACGCAAAUAUCUAAAGGCAACUGGGAACAGGGAAAUUGGCCAACCACCUAUGCAUUCAAAUCGUGCAGGUGGCUAGAGAAAUCUUGGUCGGACACCUGUGUACUAGGCACAGGUACACGCGAAUAUCAAAAGGCAACUUGGAACGGGGAAACUGGCAAACCACAUGUGCAGUCAAAUCGGGCAGUUACACGUAAAUAUCCAAAGGCAAUUGGGAAUAGGGAAACUGGCCAACCACCUGUGCAUUCAAAUCGGCAGGCGGCUGGGGAAACCAUUGUGGAUGGAGAAAGCAUUGUAGAACACCAGUGUACUAAGUACAGGUACACGCAAAUAUCUAAAGGCAACUGGGAACAGGGAAACUGGCGAACCACCUGUGCAUUCAUAUCGGGCAGGUGGCUGGGGAAAUCUUGGUCAGACACCUGUGUACUAAGCACAAGUACACGCGAAUAUCAAAAGGCAACUAGGAACAGGGAAAUUGGCCAACUACAUGUGCAAUCAAAUCGGGCAGGCAACAGGGAACAGGGAAACUGGCCAACCACCGGUGCAGUCAAAUCGGGCAGGUGGCUAGGGAAAUCAUUGUCGGACACCUGUGUACUAAGUACAGGUACACGCAAAUAUCUAAAGGCAACUGGGAAUAGGCAACCGAGAACGGGGAAACUAGUCAACCACCUGUGCAAUCAAAUCGAGCAGGUGGCUCAGGAAAUCAUUGUUGGACACCAGUUUACUAAGCAAAGGUACACGAAAAUAUUUAAAGGCAAUUGGGAGCGGGGAAACGGGCCAACCAAUGGUGCAGUCAAUUCGGGCAGGCAGCUUAGGAAAUCAUUGUCAGACAACAGUGUACUAAGUAUAGGUAUACGCAAAUAUCUAAAGACAACUGGGAACAGGAAAACAGGGCAACCACCUGUGCCGUCAAAUCAGGUGGCUGGGGAAAUCACUGUCGGACUCCUAGGAACUAAGUACAGGUACAUGCAAAGGCAGCUAGGAACGGGGAAACUAGCCAACCACCUGUGUUGUCAAAUCGGGCAAGUGGUUGGGGAAAUCAUUGUCGCACACCUGUGUACUAAGUACAAUUACACACAAAUAUGUAAAGGCAUCCAGGAACAGGGAAACUGGCCAACCACUCGUGCAAACAAAUUAAGCAAGUGGCUGGGGAAAUCAUUGUUGGACAACUAUCCACGUUCCAAGCAUAGGCAACCAGGAACGGGGAAACUGGCCAACCACCUAUGCAGACAAAUCAGGCAGGUGGUUGGGGAAAUCAUUGUCGGACACCUGCUUACUAAGUACAGGCAACCAAGAACGAGGAAACUUGUCAACCACCUGUGCAGUCAAAUCGGGCAGGUGGCUGGGAAAAUCAUUGUCGGACACUUGUGUACUAAGAACAGGUACACACAAAUAGAUCUAAAGGCCACUGGGAACAGGGAAACUGGCCAACCACCUGUGCAGUCAAAUCGAGCAAGUGGCUGGGGAAAUCAUUUUCGGACAACUAACUAUGAUCUAAGCAUUGGUACACGAAAAUAUUUAAAGGCAACCAAGAACGGGGAAACUUGUCAACCAUCUGUGCAGUCAAAUCGGGCAGGUGGCUGGGAAAAUCAUUGUCGGACACUUGUGUACACACAAAUAGAUCUAAAGGCAACUGGGAACAGGGAAACUGGCCAACCACCUGUGCAGUCAAAUCGAGCAAGUGGCUGGGGAAAUCAUUUUCGGACAACUAACUAUGAUCUAAGCAUAGGUACACGAAAAUAUUUAAAGGCAACCAAGAACGGGGAAACUUGUCAACCACCUGUGCAGUCAAAUCGGGCAGGUGGCUGUGGAAAUCAUUGUCGGACACCUGUGUACACACAAAUAGAUCUAAAGGCCAUUGGGAACAGGGAAACUGGCCAACCACCUGUGCAGUCAAAUCGAGCAAGUGGCUGGGGAAAUCAUUGUUGGGCAACUAACUAUGAUCUAAGCAUCGGUACUCGAAAAUAUUUAAAGCCAACCGGGAACGAGGAAACUGGACCACCACCUGUGCAGUAA